GGGAGUGUGUGUGUGAGAGAGAGAGAGAAGGGGAGGAGGAGGAGAGGAGAGGAUUGGGAGAGGGGUAGCUGUCGGGAGUGUUGAGUAUUUUGGGAUAACGUGUAAACCCGAAAGCUUUCAGGAGAAGCGGGGAAGCACAGCGCCGCGGUCAGGACACCCCGGGAGAAAAGCGGGCUUUUCUGAAAACAUGGAGCCGAGUGAGGAGAGGCCAGGGGGCAGGCCCGAGGACAACCAGCCGUAAAGUUUAGCCGCCAGCCUUACAGCUAGCUAGCUCGCUCGCUAGUUAGUUAGUUAGCCAGCUAGCAUCAGUAGCCGAGGUAAACAGAGACUGAGCUAAUCAUAAAACGACCCGUGUGACUCAUUACGACAAGGAAAAGUGUUAAUUUUAUAUAUUUCAAAUUUUUGUUCAUUUUAAACCUCUCUCAAGUUGUGUUUCUUUUUGUUGUUGCGCGUGGGCUACAAGUUCUUCAUUUCCCCAGUCUGGACUUUCCAAGGUUUACAAAACAAAGACCUCCUGAGAGUUUUAUGUCCUGGAACAUCAUUGAUCGGAUUUUCUCAGCUCAAAUCGGAUCUUUUUUUUUUAAGCUUGGUAUAAAGGAGCCCCGGCUCGGGUGGGCUGUUCUACACGGCCAUGGAGGAGAAUGACAACAUGGAUUAUUUCUACCAGCAAGUUUUGCAGAAGGACGUGAGCCGGAGGCUGCAGGUCGGUCCGGACCUCAUCGACUACCUGAGCGACCCGCAGCGAUCCGGGGACGUGGAGCAGGACAAAUCCCGCCUGGAUAAGACCAUGGAUGAGCUAACGGGCUGGGUUAACUCCAGCAACUACAAGGUCGCAUUGCUGGGGAUUGAUAUCGUGAGUGCGUUCGUUGACCGGAUGAACGAGCGCUUCCGAGGUCACAUAGGCACAGUGCUCCCCGCGUUAGUGGAUCGUCUUGGUGAUGGAAAAGAUCAGGUACGAGAUCAGGCGCAGGCGCUCAUCCUCAAGCUGAUGGACGAGGCAGCCACUCCCAUGUAUGUUUGGGAGAGGUUGUUCACUGGGUUCAAACACAAGAACUUCCGAAGCAGAGAAGGACUGUGUCUGUGUCUGGUCGCCACCCUCAACACGUUUGGUGCCCAGCCUUUGAGUCUAAGUAAAUUUGUACCACAUCUCUGCACACUAACAGGAGACCAGAACCCUCAAGUACGGGAGAUCGCAAUAACAGCUUUGGUUGAGGUGUAUCGGCAUGUAGGAGAGCGAGUGAGGGCAGACCUGGGAAAGAGAGGACUGCCGGCUGCACGAUUGCAGACCAUUUUAGGCCGGUUCGAUGAAGUGUUAAAUUCUGGAAACAUGGCCCUCAGCCUGAGUCAAGAUCGUAGCUUUGAUGACGAUGACUCCGUGGAUGGUAGCCGGCCCUCGUCAGCCCAGGCAGCUUUCAAAGUACCCAAAGUGCCGAAGAAACCCGCGGAAUCAGCCAGCAGCUCCAGAAGACCCAGUGCGACAGGAACCACCAAAAUGAGUGUGUCUAAAGAUGCAACCGCAGCCGGAGCCAUAGACGAGGAGGAUUUUAUUAAAGCGUUCACAGACGUCCCCACAGUUCAGAUCUACUCUACACGUGAUCUGGAGGAUAAUCUGAACAAGAUCCGAGAGAUUCUCUCUGAUGAUAAACAUGACUGGGAUCAGAGAGCUAACGCAUUGAAGAAGAUCCGCUCUCUGCUGGUCGCAGGGGCGAUAAACCACGACUCAUUCUACCAGCACCUGCGGCUCCUGGACGGAGCGUUUAAGCUUUCAGCUAAAGACCUGCGAUCGCAGGUGGUGCGAGAGGCCUGCAUCACUGUGGCGCACCUGUCCACGGUGUUGGGGAACAGGUUUGAUCAUGGAGCAGAGGCCAUCGUUCCUGUGUUGUUUAAUCUCAUUCCCAACUGUGCAAAAAUUAUGGCAACCUCUGGCACUGCAGCAAUUCGCAUCAUUAUACGGCACACACACGUUCCCCGUCUGAUUCCUCUCAUCACAGGAAACUGCACCUCAAAAUCCGUUGCUGUAAGGAGACGUUGUUAUGAGUUCUUGGAUCUGCUCCUGCAGGAGUGGCAGACUCACUCUCUGGAGAGGCAUGCAACGGUUUUGGUGGACAGCAUAAAGAAGGGAAUUAGAGAUGCUGACUCAGAAGCUCGAGUGGAGGCCAGAAAGGCCUAUUGGGGGUUGCGGUCUCAUUUCCCCACAGAGGCGGAGUCUCUGUACAACUCAUUAGAAUCGUCCUAUCAGAAGACGCUUCAGUCUUGUCUGAAGAGCUCGGGCAGCGUGGCGUCACUCCCGCAAUCUGAUCGCUCCUCCUCCAGUUCGCAGGAAAGUCUAAAUCGACCAUUGACCACCAAAUGGUCAGCGGCUCCAGGCAGAGUUCCAGUCGGCUCCAAGUCAUCAGGCUCACCAGGUUCCCUGCAGCGAUCCAGAAGUGAUGUGGAUGUAAAUGCAGCAGCCAGUGCUAAAGCCAGACACGGUGGACAGACGGGAGCUGGCCGCCUCACUACAGCUUUACCCCCGGGCACCUAUGCCUCACUAGAUGAUGCCUCUGAUAAGGAUGGUCGCCUGCGCACUAAGCAGCCGUUAUCAACCCCAUCAGGAAUGAGCAGCACUCAGGUGGACUCGAGGGCCCGAAGCAGGACUAAGAUGGUAUCUCAGUCCCAGCGUUCCGACGAUUCCGAUUGCACGCCAGGAUCACAGUCUGCUACACCUUCUGGUGCGGGCUCUCGUUCUGGCUCUCCAGGCCGCGUGUUGGCCAGCACAGCUUUGAGUACGCUCAGUACAGGCGCCCAGCGGGUAAGCGCCGCACCAGGCUCACAGAGGCGCAGCAGAAUCCCUCGCAGUCAGGGCUGCAGCCGAGAUUCAAGCCCCACCCGUCUGUCCGUGGCGCCAUCAAACGUCAGCCACAUCUACAACGGAGCAAAAGGAGCGCGGGGUAGUCGUAUACCGCGGCCUAGUGUGAGUCAGGGCUGCAGCCGCGAGGCCAGUCGAGAGAGCAGCAGAGACACCAGCCCUGUGCGCUCCUUCACACCGCUCGCUUCACGACACUACUCUCGCUCUACUGGUGCUCUUCAUGCCCCAGAUGCCUUUGGGGCAGCAGGUUCAGGUUUGGGGAUCUCCCAGUCCAGUCGUCUCUCUUCCUCCGUCAGUGCCAUGAGAGUGUUAAAUACGGGAUCAGACGUAGAGGAGGCCCUCGCUGAUGCGCUGCUGUUAGGAGAUAUGCGGAGCAAGCAGAAGAAACCAGCUCGGCGGCGGUACGAUACCUACGGCAUGUAUUCCGAUGACGACGCCAACAGCGACGCGUCGAGCGCUUGCUCAGAGCGUUCAUAUAGCUCACGCAACGGUAGUAUUCCCACGUACAUGCGUCAGGCUGAGGACGUAGCCGAAGUGCUCAACCGAUGUGCCUCGGCCAACUGGUCUGAGAGGAAAGAAGGGCUUAUGGGAUUACAGACUCUGUUAAAGAGCCAGCGUUCUCUCAGCCGAGUCGAGCUCAAGAGAUUGUGUGAGAUCUUUACCAGGAUGUUUGCAGACCCACACAGCAAGCGUGAGUCCAGAGGCUUCGGCACGGCAGAAUCCGGUAUCAGUUCCGCCUCCUUUAAGGUGUUUAGCAUGUUCUUGGAGACGCUGGUGGACUUCAUAAUGGUUCAUAAGGCAGAUCUGCAGGACUGGCUGUUCGUGCUGCUUACACAGCUCCUGAAAAAGAUGGGCGCCGAUCUUCUUGGCUCCGUACAAGCCAAAGUGCAGAAAGCCCUCGACGUCACAAGGGAGUCUUUUCCUAAUGAUCUGCAGUUCACAAUUCUCAUGAGAUUCACCGUAGACCAAACACAGACACCCAACUUAAAGGUGAAGGUGGCAAUUUUGAAGUAUAUCGAGACCCUCACGCUACAAAUGGAGCCACAGGACUUUGUGAACUCCAGCGAGACCAGACUUGCAGUCUCGCGCAUCAUCACCUGGACCACAGAACCCAAGAGCUCUGAUGUCAGAAAGGCAGCCCAGUCGGUGCUGAUUGCACUGUUCCAGUUGAAUACACCAGAGUUCACCAUGCUCCUCGGUGCACUACCUAAAACCUUCCAAGACGGAGCGACCAAACUCCUUCAGAACCACCUACGCAACACUGGCGGUGUAGCACCAGUCCCAGUGGGUAGCCCCUUGACAAGACACACACCGAGGUCUCCAGCCAGCUGGUCUAGUCCUCUAACAUCUCCAACCAACACGUCACAGAACACGCCUUCCCCUAGCGCAUUUGAUUACGAUACUGAGAAUAUGAACUCGGAGGAGAUCUACAGCUCGCUGCGCGGCGUUAGCCAAGCCAUCCAGAAUUUCAGCGUGCGGAGCCAAGAGGACAUGACCGAACCUCCGCGCAAAAGAGAGGGAGACGGAGAAGAGGGUGGUGCUGAAACGACGGAUACUGGUCGGACAGCACUGGACAACAAAACGUCUCUGCUGAACACCAUGCCCCUCCUCUCCUCUAGUCCCCGCCCCAACAAGGAGUAUCAGCCAGGUAGUUACUCAGACUCUUCCUUCGGCUCCUCCCCUUUUAGUAAGAGUCUGAAAGAUGCACUGGACCAAGACGGCGAGAGCCUUGAGGAUGAUAGCAAUGUGGACCAGUCAGAGGUGGUGGCUGAGCUUUUGAAGGAGCUGUCCAAUCACAGUGAGCGGGUGGAGGAAAGGAAGGCGGCGCUCUGUGAACUCAUGCGGCUGAUCAGGGAAACACAGUUGCAUGUCUGGGAUGAACAUUUUAAAACGAUUCUCCUGCUGCUGCUGGAAACCCUGGGGGACGGAGAGCAUGUGAUUCGUGCGCUGGCACUGCGGGUGCUGAAGGAGAUUUUGAACCGUCAGCCCUGGCGCUUUAAGAACUAUGCAGAGCUCACCAUCAUGAAGACCUUGGAAGCACACAAAGACCCACACAAGGAGGUGGUCCGGGCAGCAGAGGAAGCAGCGGCCAUGCUGGCAAGUUCCAUCAGCCCGGAGCAGUGCAUUAAGGUGCUAUGUCCCAUCAUUCAGUCUGCAGACUAUCCCAUCAAUCUGGCUGCCAUCAAGAUGCUCACCAAAGUAAUUGAGCGACUGCCCAAGGAAGGCCUGGUCCAGAUGCUUCCAGAGAUUGUCCCUGGACUCAUUCAGGGUUAUGAUAACUCUGAGAGCAGUGUACGGAAAGCUUGCGUCUUCUGCCUUGUUGCCAUCUAUGCCAUCAUCGGGGAGGAUCUCAAACCUUACCUCAGCCAACUCUCUGGCAGCAAGCUGAAGCUGUUGAAUCUGUAUAUAAAGCGCGCUCAGACCGGCUCCAGCGGCGACCAGACGUCAGACGUGGGCGGUCCAGGCCUGUAGCCGAGCCCACGGGAUUCUGAGGGCAGGAGCCCCAGCCGGCUUUUGUUUUGUUUUUUAACACGCAUACACUCACUCAAAACGCUCAAACUUAGACAGGCUUACACAUUACACACACACACGCACACAACUAUGGACUUGCACUGCUGGACACCUUCCUUUGCCCCUCCCCUUUCCUACCAUGCCGGACAGCGUGGAUCAGACUUCGACACCCCUGUUAAACCUGAGUUGUUGUUCUUUUUGUUUGUAUGUGUGAGCAUGACUUUCAUUGUGGUGCCAGCUUUGUUGAACGUGUUGACUGGUAACUGUGUGUGUCUGUGUGUGUGAUCGUGUAAGAAAGGAUGAGAGCAAGUUUACUUCCCUGUUAUAAUCCCAGCAGUGAGAGGUCGGGACUUUAGGUGCCACUCUGCAAUAUCAAAGUCGCUUCCUUUCAGAUCAAAAAGCUUUCUGAGGGGGGGGGUUGAGAUUGACGAGGUGCAACUUAAAACUGUGAGCGACAGAAUCCGAGCAAAUUUCAUUACCAGUGCUUACGGUUUAUCGAUUGAGUGAUUAACAGUCAUAUCUCUUCAUAACACUGAAUGGUUGGUUCAGCUUGCUCUAUUAUGCGGCAUUCUUUGCUUGGCUAUCUGCAUGUCAUGAUUAAAUAAGAAUAAAAAAAAAAAACCUUUUUAUCCAGUCGCACUCACAUCCGAGUGAGUGGGGACGCACUCACACAUCCGAGAGGUCUGUCACAAUCGGACGGUGAAGCCAGAUGUCAUUUGAAUACAUAGGCAAUAUGUAUCUACAUAACACAACAUGAGUAUUCGAGAAAAACAUCUUGCGGUAUUCGGAGGGCGUGUAGAUUCUUUUACGUAGCAUAGUGUCAUUUCUUCUCCCAUGGGAAAUUUGUAGAAAUGUAUUUACGCAUUCAAAUGGAAAAUAAAAACUGAUGUGUGUCUUUCUCCUUUAUGUAGUUUCUCUUUCUCCCCUGUGAGGAAAUUGUUUCCUCUGGUUUCCCCACUGCAUUUCUAAAGCUAUGCUAACAAUAAAAUGAAAAUAAAAAAAUGUACAGACACGAGUAAA